CACUCUUCCUACUACAAAAAACCAAACCAUCACCACAAAAAGCAUCAAGGCGAGCUCGAAUCCCGGCGGCGGCGGCGGAGGAGAGCCAUGGCGUGCUGCGGCGGCGGAAGGGGGGAGGGGGCGGCGGCGACGGAGUCGGAGGCGUACCUGGAGGGAGAGGCGGUGAGGGAGGCGCGGGAGCUGGUGGCGGAGCUGUGCCGCCACUUCUACGGCCAAGGGUGGGUCACCGGAACGGGGGGCAGCAUCACCGUCAAGGCCAACGACCCGGCGCUCCCCCUCGCCGAUCAGCUCAUCGUCAUGUCCCCCUCCGGUGUGCAGAAGGAGAGGAUGGUGGCAGAGGACAUGUAUGUGCUGUCAGCAGAUGGGAAGGUGCUCUCCUCACCUGUAUCAAAGCCAUGGCCAAACAAGCCUCCAAAAUGUACUGACUGUGCUCCUCUGUUCAUGAAGGCUUAUCUGAUGAGAGGAGCUGGGGCUGUUAUUCAUAGCCAUGGGAUGGAAACUUGCAUUGCAACCAUGCUUGAUCCUGGUGCAAAAGAGUUUAGGAUGACACAUAUGGAAAUGAUUAAAGGAAUUAAAGGCCAUGGUUACCGUGACGAAUUGGUGGUUCCUAUAAUUGAGAACACUCCUUAUGAGUAUGAGCUCACUGACUCACUGGCUGAGGCGAUUGCAGCAUACCCUAAGGCAACUGCAGUCCUUGUACGGAACCAUGGAAUUUAUGUAUGGGGUGAUUCCUGGAUCAAUGCCAAGACACAGGCUGAAUGCUAUCAUUACCUUUUUGAUGCUGCCAUCAAGCUCUAUCAAUUGGGUAUUGAUUGGACAACUCCUGAGCAUGGUCCAAUAAACAGUGCCAAAAGACCACGCAGUGUUCUAAGCUCUAGUAUUCCAAAUGGAUGCCCUGAUUCCAAAUCAUCAAAGCAUUGUGUUGUUCUUGACAUUGAGGGAACAACUACUCCAAUAUCAUUUGUGACUGAUGUGAUGUUUCCCUAUGCCCGUGAUAAUGUGCGAAAGCAUCUGACUUCAACAUAUAGUUCUGAUGAAACCAAAGAGGACAUCAAACUAUUGCGCAUCCAAGUUGAAGAAGACCUGAAAAAUGGAAUUGUUGGGUCUGUUCCAAUUCCACCUGACGAUGCUGACAAAGAAGAGGUUAUCAAUGCAUUAGUUGCUAAUGUUGAAUCGAUGAUUAAAGCAGACAGGAAGAUUACGUCGUUGAAACAACUCCAGGGCCACAUAUGGAGGACUGGUUUUGAAAGUAAAGAACUGCAAGGAGUUGUUUUCGAUGAUGUCCCCGAGGCGCUAAAGCACUGGCAUGCUAGUGGCAUGAAGGUCUACAUAUACUCAAGUGGCAGCCGGGAGGCGCAAAGGCUAUUAUUUGGCAAUACGGCCUAUGGUGAUCUGCGACAAUACCUCUGUGGUUUCUUUGACACCACAACCGGUAACAAAAGAGAAACAAGGAGCUACUUUGAGAUUUCGCAAUCACUUGGGGUGGACAGUCCUGCUCAGAUCUUAUUUAUCACCGAUGUCUUCCAAGAAGCUGUUGCUGCAAAAAGUGCAGGUUUUGAGGUAAUAAUCUCCAUUCGCCCGGGAAAUGCACCGCUCCCUGAGAAUCAUGGUUUCCGGACUAUCAAGUCGUUUAGUGAGAUCUGAAGAAGGUACGCAAAGACAAUGUCAGGAGUGCUUUGAUGGCGAGCUACCUAGCAUAUGUAAGAACAAUGCAAAUAAUAAAUGGAAAAUCCGGAAUGGUGGCAAAAUAAAUAAAUUUGUAAAUGUGGGCAUAUUGUUGCAUUAUUGUGCCAUCCGUC